UUCCAUUUCAGUCCGGGAAGUGAUCCUCAAGAGUUCUUGCUUCAACAGUGUUUGAACGGAACUUCUUGCUUCGUCCCAAGCUUUUUCCGACUGUUCCUCAUUUUGGGCACAAAGAAACCUUUACUUGAACACUACUGAAUACCGUCAGCGCAGAGCUAUAUUUUUGUACUUUUGAUAAGAAAAGCUCGAGAAAAACGCCAGCUAAAAUGGAGUCUCAAGUGCGCCAGAACUACCACCGUGACUGCGAGGCAGCCAUCAACAGAAUGGUCAACAUGGAGCUGUACGCCUCCUACACCUACACCUCUAUGGCUUUCUACUUUGACCGCGAUGAUGUGGCCCUGCCUGGUUUUUCUCACUUCUUCAAGGACUGCUCCCAUGAGGAGAGGGAGCACGCAGACAAGCUGCUGUCCUUCCAGAACAAGAGAGGUGGUCGCAUCUUUCUCCAGGACAUCAAGAAACCAGAGCGCGACGACUGGGCCAAUGGCCUAGAGGCCAUGCAGUGCGCUUUGCAACUGGAGAAGAAGGUGAACCAGGCUUUGCUGGACCUUCACAAACUGGCUUCUGAUCAUACUGACCCCCAUCUGUGUGACUUCUUGGAGACACACUACCUGAAUGAGCAGGUGGAGAGCAUCAAGAAGCUGGGUGACUACAUUUCUAACCUGAGCCGCAUGGAUGCCCAAAACAACAAGAUGGCUGAAUACUUGUUUGACAAGCACACCCUGGGCGGAGGCAAGAGCUAAAGCUCAGGCUAACGUCACAGCCUAUAAAGUCAACAGGCUUAAUAGUUUGCUUUCUGCUCCUGUUGACUCUCCCCACAAGCCAUAUCUAAUCUUCAAAACGUUCUCUCCAAAUGGCAUCUGUGUUUUGUUUAUUGGGUUGUUUUGCACCUGUAAUUCUGCCCAAUCUUGAAUAAACCGUUUGAGCUGGA